AAAAGAAGAAGGAGUUCCGAAUACAAGCGACCGCGGGAAAAGAACAUUUUAGGCCUACUGAUCGCACCAUGGAUGAGACACCAUACGAAGAGGACAACUGUAAAAACUGUGUACUGGAUUCACCUGUACCAGCCAGUGCGAAGUCAGAGCCAUGUUGGCUUGGGAUAGACGAAGCUGGCAGAGGACCAGUCCUUGGCCCAAUGGUGUAUGGUAUUUGCUACAGUCCAAUCUCUAUGAAAGAAAAGUUUGGAGAAAUGGGGUUUGCUGAUUCAAAGACAUUGUCUGAGGAACAGAGGGAGAACAUAUUUGAGCGGAUGGACAAAGAGACGGACACUCUUCUGGGCUGGGUAGUAGAGCUUUUAUCUCCCACAUACAUAUCCAACAGUAUGCUGAGCAGGACAAAGUACAAUUUGAAUGCUCUCUCACAUGAUUGUGCAAUCCGACUGAUACAGAAUGCACUUGACAAAGGUGUGCAAGUCACAGAGGUAUAUGUAGACACAGUAGGUGAUCCAGUUAAGUAUGAAACGAAGCUCAAACAGCUGUUCCCAGAGAUAGACAUCACCGUUGCCAAGAAGGCUGAUGCCCUGUACCCCAUUGUCGGAGCAGCUAGUAUAUGCGCUAAGGUAGCCCGGGACAAAGCAGUGAAGAACUGGGUAUUUAGUGAAGGGAUCACCAUGGAAGAGGGGACAACGUACGGAUCAGGGUACCCUGGAGAUCCCAACACCAAGAAGUUUAUGAAUGAAAAGCUGGAUAAGGUGUUUGGAUUUCCACAAUUUGUCAGAUUCAGCUGGUCCACAGCCUCACAGAUCAUAGAUAAGCAGGGAUACCCUGUGGCUUGGGAGGAUGAUGAUGACGAUGAGGAUGAAGCCUCCAGGAACACCCCAUCACUGACGACAUUCUUCAGCAAGAAAGGUGAAGACAAGAAAUCACAGAGACACAAGUAUUUCAAAGACAGAUGUUUGUCAUCUGUUAGUGAACUGUGAAAUAAAUUAUUAUCUGAUUUCUUAAUC